CUUUUUUUAAAACUUACAAUUCAUUCUUUAACCGUUUAAAAUACGCCCACCUAUUACACUCGCAGACGUGGUGUUAUUAUUUUAAACGACUUUCAACUGUUUGGACAACAACAUUCCACGGGACACUACUCUGGAGGUCUCUUGAUGCUAUGAUUAAAUCAAGAUGGCGCUUGUCUAGCAUAAACAUUUGAAGGCUUUUGCUGUACAAGUAGAAUAUUUGGGCUAGCAAGUCUACAAAUUUGUUGAGUUAUUUAGAAUCUCAUUAGUCUUAAGAUAGUUCUCCUAACGUCAUUUGAAGAUACACGACUUUCUCCAAACAUCUGUAUACUGCGGAUCGGGAAAUACUUUUAUUUUUUUCGAGAAUGGGUCGAUCGAGACCGCGGCAAAGCUCCUGAGGUGAGAGUGGGAGACGAUUAUGAUAAUCAGCCUCUAAGAAACAUGGCGGAUGAUAGAGGGUGCCAGAACAGCGUGGUGCAUCGAUGAAUCUAUCUUUUGGAAUGAUUUCUUCAAUCUUUUAAGUGUUUUAGAAUGUAAGGACACGUGGAGAGAAAAGGGCUAUGCAGACGGCAAACCAAGGAGGUUUCUGUCUAGGCCUAACAAUGGAUUCAAAUGAAAACGUAACUGGUGCUAUUCCAAGAUCUGUCACAGCAGGAAGCCCCAAGGUUGUUGUUGCAAGGUGAUUCUAGUUCAGAUCUCUGGCAGAGAGAACGUGGAAGGACUACUCUCCACCUACAUCAAUCAGAACGGACACCACAGCCAUGGCAGAAAGCGGCAAUGCCAACAGCAAGUCCAGUCCAGAAAUCAUAUCAAAGGAUUCUACUGAUACCUUCUCUAAAUGUAAUGGUAGUGGUAGUGAUUCUCGUAAUGGAGUGAAACUUGAUCAGAAGUUUCAAAUUACGGAUGGUCCCGUUAUUCGCAUGGGAACAGGAGUCCUAAUCUCUCGCCGAGAAAUCAGAAAUCAUCCUAAUUCUCUUCCUGUGAAACCUCCUCACUCCGUUAAUAUGGCAACUUGGAAAGAUGUUUCUCCACCGAAAGAUCGGAAGAAUCUUGUAGAUAUUUCCCCCCAAAAUCAGAACAAAGAAGAGAAUGUAGAUGAAGGCACAUAUGAACCUAAAAAUAGAAGCCCUAUUCGUACAAAUCCAUUCCAUGAAAUUGGUACUGUUUACAGAGGGGUAGAUGGAAAUUUUCAAAGCAUAAAGCGAAUAAAAACUGACUUAAUCACAAACCCUAUGGAAAGAAAGAAUUCUUUUCCUGGAGUUGUUCAGCAGAACACAACUCUGCCACCAGAAUUGGCUUCUGCAUUUCCUCAAAUGGCAAUCUUGACAACAUGGAGAGAUAUGUCACCAACAAAGAGUCAGUCAGAGGGAAAGAAAAAACGACCAGAAAGUGGCUAUUUCUCAAAUGACGUGCAGAGUGAAGGAGGUCAAGAGUCCAGAGAGGGUAUAGACACAUCCUUAUCAGACAGUGAGUGCAGCCGCAAGGAUAGAUCCUCAUUGCCAAGUGAGGAAGGCUGCUUCAACAGUGAUUAUUUCUAUGAAGAUGAAUUCAGUGUUCCAUUUGACACUAAUCUUCAUCAACCAACCAGACAGGUGGAACAAGGUGCUUCAGGAGAGCAAAUAAUUCUCCCACACUCUCUGAAUGGUAGUUAUACAAAGUUUGGUGGACUCCGAGACUCCCUGUUACAAGCUGAGAUGUACUUAGGACCAUAUGAAUCUGAGAUGUCGGGCAGUCGCACAUCCAUGGAGAUCUCUUCAAGUGAGCGAGAAAUGAUGUGCUCAAGUGAUAUGCUGAACUUCAGCAAUGACCCCCUCUUUACACCUUCUCCCCCACCUACAGAACAAACACAACAGCAGCAACAGAAUGUGUCUGUUGAUAGUUUGUCUCAUCAAGGGCACACAGGGGAUAUGUCAAAUAGUAGAUCUUCUGCUGAUGCCAAUUUGACGGUGGAUUGCUGCAUUCGUAAAGAUGCAUACUUUUUGUCCUUCAAUGGAUCACAGGAACAGAGGAGCACAACAGAAAGUGACAUCUCAUAUGCUUCGCAGACAUCUUCUCAUGAUGAAUGCCAAGGUGGAACACAGUCUGACAAUUCGAAUGCAGGUGAUGCAGAAGAUGAAUGCUCCAACAGUUUCCAGUUUCAGGAUGACAAAGAGAAACAGCAGCCUACACCAGUUGCAGCACCACCUCCUAUCCAAUAUCACCCUGUUAGAAAUAUGCUGUUAUCACGAUAUCCUGGAAGAAUCUGCUUAGAAGCACUGCAAGAAUAUCUGCUGGAUAGGUCCAACAGUACAAAAAGCCCGGGCUCUUCUCGCCACUCAUGUUCUAGUCACUGUAAGUUGUCACCACUUUGUGGGACUCUUUUGUCCAGUGGAGAUUUAUAUGCUUCCAGUGGUGCACGCAGGCCAGGACUGAGACGCAGCAGUAACUUGACUACAUGGAAACAGGUCAAAAAUCUGCGCAAGCUUGGCAAAGAACCAAACCUUCAUGAACGGUCACAUAGCCUACCAGAUCUCACUUCUGAAGAUGUCAAAGUAGUUCGGAGAGAAAGGCCAAACCGUACACUAGAGUCUAUGGCUGAAAGCUUUCACAAAAAGCGACAUUCAGAUUAUGUGCUGGAGGUGUAUCAGCAGAUGCUGGCAGGCUCCAAUCCUCCCUCACCAACUACUCUCAGCAAAAUUGAUCAGAUAUUAUUCCAGGAGCAAUUCGUACAGGCAGAAACUACGCACAAGCAGGAGCCUGUUAAAGAAGAUUGCAUGAGUUGUCCAUCAUGUGGUACACAGAAGCAGAAAAGUCUCUAUCUUGACCUGCGGCGAGAUGCUCAGUGUGGACAGUCAAGAUAUACAGCUCAGACUGAUAUUUCACCACAGACUCUAAUGCUGUGGCAUGGCCAGAAGAAUUUCUCUUCCCAAUUUCCACCCAACACCUUGGAUUGUGGGAUCCAGACCUCUAUUGAUGAACAAGAUGGUCCACCUGUCAAUAGUCGUUCCAUGCAGACAUCACCCUCAUCUCCUGGGACAGACCUCUUUCACAUGCUGAAUGAGUUAAGGAUAAAAGAAGAGCACAAGUCAAGAUCACAUGAAAAAGAGAGACCUGUUCAGGCGUCACUUCCCCGUGCCAAGUCAGCCACUGAGUGUCGUGAUAGUCAUGCAGAGCGCCUCAAGAUGCAGAUGAGAAGAACUGUUAGUUUGUCACCUUCACGGAUUGGAAUAAACUCUUUUUACAGUCAUCAGUCAUUACCAGAUCUUAGUUUCCUAUCAGUCUCCAACAGGCAUCUUUCCAAAUCUCGAGAGUCAUCCUCCUCAGGUAUUUCAUUGUUUGAUCCAGUUCAGAUACCCAUCAUUCUGACUCCUGUGCUUGAUGAUGGCUGUCGGUCAUCUCAGUCACGUUCUUCAGGAUCUAGUCAUUGUGGGUGUGCAAGAGAGCCUUCACAACCUCCAAGACGCCGCAGAUGUGGCUCUUUAGGAAGAUCUUCUGAUCCACAUUCCAGUGGAAGUAAUUGCAGUUUGAGUUCUUCAUCAGGGAUAGAUCCAAACUAUGUUGAACCUCGUUCAUAUACAGGGCUGGCUCCAGAACUAGAACACCUGCUCUUCCUACCACCACAUUUAGAAAGUGCGUAUGUUCAGCUAGGACUUGCUGAAGCUGUUUCCAAGUGUGAAACCUUAUCAGAGAGAGAGGAGGAGGAGGCCUGUGAGGCUCAAGAAUGCAGUAGAGAAGGACUUUGUCAUGGUUCACCUGUUAAACAAUCAUCCAGACUGGAUCGCUAUGCUAAUGAGGCUUACCCAUCUAGCAGCCAGGGGAAAACAGUUGUAAAAACAGGCAAAACAACCCAGAGGCCUGCUAAGUGCUCCUCCAGUGGACUUUUGGUACAUGAACGUCUCGAUGCUCUCAAAGAAGAGAAGACACCAUCCCCUGAGCCUUCAUACUGUCAUUAUCCACUUCGAGACUACACUGACCAUAGAUGCUUUGGGUGUGAAGAGUGCUCUGAAGCUGAUAGCAGCAGUCAAGAAUUAGAUGAAGAAAAGCUCCAGAUGUAUCAACAGUGGCUGAAAGAUCGAAAACCACCUUUGAAGUCUUGUCUGCGAAAAAGAUGUGAUAGGGACCAGAAGGCAAGGUCACUGUCUCUGGAUGUAGAACCAGAUAAUCCUCCUGAAAAGCCUCCUCGAAGGCCAAAUCGGCACUCCAUUGCAUGUGAUGGCAUGUUCCCUGUGCUGGUUACAGAGGAAGGCUUUGAAUGUGCUAUUGUUGAUCCACCACCCAGAUGUCCACCUCAUCAUGUAGAGCAAGUAUUGCCUGAAGUAUCACAAGAAAAAGUAGUAAUGCGACGAAAGAAACCCAAUCCUGUGUUAAGUGAGUCAGCAGAAGGAUCAUCACAAGAUGAAAUGAAUCGUGCCAAGCGUGUCAGCUUUGCAUCUGAGGUAUCUUUUCAUUCACCUAAUUACACCCCUCAGUCCUCACCAAGGAGACAGUCUGGACAAGCUGAGGUCACAGCUAUGGAAUUAGAAGAGAAUGACAUUCUAACACUGCAUGUAGUGCGGAAAGAAAGAGGAAAUAACACAAAGACAAGUGAUCCUGGGAAAGAGACUUCUCACACUUUGCAGUUGUCCAAUGAAAUGCCACCACAGGAAUUCAGUGUUGCUUCUUCAGAGUCUUCAGAAAGUGUUUUACCAGAAUUGUCUCCAAUUGAUUUGAAAUCUAAUGUGCUGCGAGGGGUGAUAGAAGCUUCUGAAGCUCUUGUGCGACACUUUGCUCAGGCUCGUGACCCAUUUGACAAGGUUCGUUUGGGCAGUUUCCAAGAAACACCGGCAAUUGGUGCCCUUGUGGUAACAAUGCUGUGCCCUGCCAUUGAGCAGGUAGUGCAUGAUGGGCUUAAGUCUUUCCUGACUGGCUUCCACAUCUUUGGCAAAAUUCACAUUAGCACCUGGAGAGUGGCUGAAAGCUCUGCUGAAAUAGGACCCUAUACCAGAGCCAUAAAUGAUCUAGUAAAGCAGCUGAAGGUUCGCCCCAAUGUAAUAUCUCACAAACAGAAAUUCUAUGCUUUUCUGACUGGUCUUCUCAACUUGCGCCUUCUAGAUUUCUGGAUGGGCUACAUCAGCACAAAAGAGAGCAUUGUUGGACGAUUCUAUGAGCAGAACUCAAUAUUGUGUCUGAGCCAGUCAGUACUUGAUCGCAAGUAUCAAGACAUGCUUCUUGCACUACAGCCUUUAUCUGUCCUACCAUUCCAGAUCGAUUAUGACAUAGUAAGUAACUAUUCCCUUGCAGACAGCACCUUAAUGGGAGAGUCAGAUGUGAUCUCGUCCUCUUCAGCCAAAGUCAAAGUGGACCUGUCCUCUUCUCCUAAGGUAGUGGUAGCUAGAGUGAAAAAUCGCAUGAGUGCAUCACCAGACAGGUCAUCUUGGGCUGGCUAUACAGAUCAUCAAGAUGUCUAUGCUAAUGUGGACAAGGUAGGCCAGGACUUCAGUUCACGUGGGAUUGGAUUAAAACUGCAACCAUCCCAAAGGCCAAAUCCCUCAUGUCUGAUAUAGGCCUUACAACUUCAAGUAGUGGAGUAUCAAAUGUUGGAAGUGUUACUGGUGGUGGAUGCACAAAAACAUCAAGAUUGAGUCAAGAUCUAGCAAGUGUUGGAAUUGUUACAUCAAGGCAGAAUCUGUCUACUUCUGCCACUUCAACAG